GUCCGUACGCUUGAUCACACUGGAUCACUCCCAUCUCCCGCCCGCCGGAGCCCCCCGCUCUCAGAUUUCAUUUCUUUCACACUCCAAGCUUUAAACCCUAAACCCCCGAUUCCAAUCCUUCUUCUUCUAUUGUUCUGUGUAUUAUGCAGCGAUGUUCUCUCCCGGGACGAAGAGACGCAAUUUAAGCUCUCGAACAGACCGAAGUUCGGCUCCAGCCCUGUCUGAUUCUCCGAUUACACCACUCUCAGCCGUCCGUAAGCCAGUUCUCGAUAAUCUGGUUCCCAACCGCCCCGGCACCGGCACUCCGGCUCCUUGGGCUCCUCGCUUAUCCGUGCUUGCAAGAAUUUCACCAGCUAAUAGAUGUGAUAAGGAAGACGAGACAGAUCCAGUUAAGCCUGUAUAUGUUGGAGAGUUUCCCCAAGUGGUUCGUGAUGAGCAGGCCAGUCUUGUACAGCAGUUUGUCACAUGUGGUGCAAGCAUGUCAGGUGGAAUGGAUGCCAAAACAUCCCUUGCUUGGAUUAUAUGCCGAGACAAGCUUUUUCUUUGGACAUACUUGUUACCUGUAGCCACCAUGAAGUGUGUUGUUUGUGAACUUCCAAAAAGAAUUGUAGAUAGCAAAGAUAUUGGCAGAAAUAACAACGAUAAUUGGUUGCUCAGCGUUGUUAGUUGGGAUAGCCAAAAUCAAAGUUCAAGAAAGUCAGUCAAACACCAGCAUUCUGUUGGCAUUAUAAUAUGUAAUAAAAAAACAGGAGCUGUUGUGUAUUGGCCUGAUAUCUUCUCAGAUGAAGGAACUGCUCCAGUUACCUGUCUAACAUCUUCGCAUGAGCCAGCAGCAAUUUCUUCAUUUUCUGAUGGGAAGAGCACUUCCCAUAGAAAUCAAAGUCUGAAUAGACCGAGGACAUUCAACUCUUUGAUUGCCUCAAUGGUUCCUGAUUCCCAGAACGUUUGUGUUGCCCUUGCAUGUAGUUCCAAUGGCCAGCUUUGGCAGUACCACUGCUGUCCUAUGGGAAUUCAAUGUACUAAAGUUUCUCAGGAUAUAUGUGGUCUUCACAGCCAAGAGGAUGGUAGCUCUCAAUAUCUUGUGAAUGAUGGGUACCCAAGGUCUCUAUCUUGGUCUCAUUCUCAUCUUCAACUAGAUAAAUUUAACAGGAAGUUCUUGCUUCUGACAGAUCAUGAGAUACAGUGUUUUUGUCUUAAACUUUUUCCUGAUGUACAAGUGUCCAAGCUCUGGUCAUAUGAAAUUGUUGGUACAGAUAAUGAUUUGUGCAUUAAAAAAGAUCUAGCUGGUCAGAAAAGGAUCUGGCCUCUUGAUUUGCAGGAAGAUGAAGGCGGCGCAGUUAUCACUAUUUUAGUUGCUACACUCUGUAAGGAUCGCAUUAGUAGUUCCAGUUAUAUACAAUAUUCCCUUCUUACCUUGCAAUACAAAUAUGGGGCAGAAAUAGAUGCUAAUGGUGAUAAGAGGAUAUUGGAGAAAAAAGCCCCGAUACAAGUAAUAAUUCCAAAAGCAAGAGUAGAAAAUGACGACUUUUUGUUCUCCAUGAGACUUAGGGUUGGGGGCAAGCCUUCGGGAUCAGCCCUCAUUCUUUCAGGUGAUGGGACAGCAACUGUCUCCCAUUACUAUAGAAGCUCCACACUGUUGUAUCAAUUUGACUUACCUUAUGAUGCGGGGAAAGUAUUAGAUGCUUCAGUCCUUCCUUCUACAGAGCAUGGUGAAGGAGCCUGGGUCGUACUAACUGAAAAAGCAGGAAUAUGGGCAAUACCUGUAAAAGCUAUUGUCCUUGGUGGAGUUGAACCUCCUGAACGAAGUUUGUCACGCAGGGGAAGUUCAAAUGAACGAUCUGUGCAAGAUGACACUAGAAGCCUCAAUUUUUCUGGCAACAUUGCUAGUACAAGGGGAACUUUUGAUGUGCAGGAUGUUGUAGAUAGAAAAAAGGCUACUAUGGCUGGAAUUUCACAUCGAACAGCUCGAGAUGAAGAAUCGGAAGCUUUGCUGCGUCAACUUUUCCAUGAUUUUCUAUCAUCUAGUCAAGUAAAUAACUCUUUUGAGAAGCUGAAGAAUUCUGGUGCAUUUGAUAGGGAGGAUGAAACAAAUGUUUUUACACGGAUGAGCAAGUCAAUUGUUGAUACUUUAGCUAAACAUUGGACUACAACAAGAGGUGCUGAGAUUGUGUCGAUGACUGUUGUUUCUACUCAGCUGAUGGAAAAACAGCAGAAGCAUGAAAAGUUUCUCCAAUUUCUUGCUUUAUCGAAGUGCCAUGAAGAGUUGUGUUCAAGGCAAAGAAAUUCUUUGCAAAUUAUCCUGGAGCAUGGAGAAAAGCUUGCUGCUAUGAUUCAAUUAAGGGAACUGCAGAACACUAUUUGCCAAAACCGUUCAACUGGACUUGGCUUCUUGAGUUCUAAUUCAGAAACUCCUAUGUCAGGUGCUCUAUGGGAUCUUAUUCAGUUUGUUGGUGAGCGAGCUCGUCGAAACACUGUUCUUCUAAUGGACAGAGACAAUACUGAAGUGUUCUACAGUAAAGUCUCUGAGCUAGAAGAAGUGUUUCAUUGUUUAGAAAAGCAGCUAGAUUAUUUGGUAAGUGCAGACGAAUCAUAUGUGAUCCAGAACCAGAGAGCUUCUGAGCUCUCUAAAGCAUGUGUUACUAUCAUGCAUGCAGCUGUGCAUUAUAGAAAUGAGCAUCAGUUAUGGUAUCCACCGUCUGAAGGCUUAACACCUUGGUAUAGUCAACUGGUUGUGCGGAAUGGGCUAUGGCGCAUUGCUUCUCUCAUGCUUCAACUUUUAAAUGAAGUUUCUGAGCUUGAUACGUCUGCAAAAUCCGAUUUAUAUUGCUACUUGGAACUAUUGACUGAAGUUCUUCUUGAGGCACAUGCUGGAGCUGUCACUGCAAAGGCAGAGCGUGGAGAAAAAACUGAUAGUCUUUUACAUGAAUUUUGGAGUAGAAGGGAUUCACUCCUCAGCUCUCUUUAUCAAAGAAUAAAAAAAUCUGUGGAAGCUGAGCAUAAGGAUUUUAGGGGAGAUUUGGUGGAGCAAAAGGUAGAAAGCCUCAGGAAACAUUCUUCACGUCUGUUAUCUGUUGCAAAACAGCAUGAAUGCUACAGUAUUUUAUGGGAAAUCUGCUGUGACCUUAACGAUCCAGAGCUACUCAGGAAACAUAUGCAUGAAAGCAUGGGACCUAAAGGAGGGUUUAGCUACUUUGUUUUUAAAAAACUUCAUGAAAAUAAACAGUUCUCCAAGCUUUUAAGACUAGGAGAAGAGUUUCAUGAAGAACUGUUGAUAUUUCUGAAGGAGCAUCCGGAUCUUUUGUGGCUUCACGAGCUGUUCCUCCAUCAAUUUUUCUCCGCAUCAGACACUCUCCAUGCAUUAGCUCUGUCUGAAGGUGAUGGUCCUGUGUCGUCCCUUGAACUUGGGACAGAAGUUGAAUCUGACCAUUGUAAUUUGGAAUUAAGAUUGGCAGAUCGAAAACGGAUUUUAUACCUCUCGAAGAUAUCUUUAAUGGCAGCAGCAGCAGGUAAAAAUGCUGAGUAUGAGAGUAAGUUGAUGCGCAUUGAGGCUGAUGCAAAGAUACUUAAGUUACAGGAAGCCAUUUUAGAUCUCUAUCAUGCCGUUGAAACAGAGCAGCAGCUUGACCGCGAGCUCCUCCAUCCUGACCGCCUUAUUCAACUGUGUCUCAAAGCUGAAAACCCAACCCUCUUGUUGAUGGCUUUCGAUAUAUUUGCCUGGACCAGUACUUCAUUUCGCGAAACCCACCGAAAGCUUUUGGAAGAAUGCUGGAAAAAUGUUGCAGAUCAGGACGAUUGGAAUCGACUUUAUCAAGUGUCUGUAGCUGAAGGAUGGAGUGAUGAAGAAACAAUAAAAAACCUGAGAGAAACAACUUUGUUCAAGGCUUCAAGUAGGUGUUAUGGACAUGGAGCAGCAGAAAUGUUUGGAGAAGGAUUUGAUGUAGUAUUGCCACUAAGACAAGAGAAUCUUGAAGGAGGUUCUAUACUGAAAGAUUCUAUAGGUUCUGUUGAGGCAAUUCUGAUGCAACACAAACAUUUUCCUGAAGCAGGAAAGUUAAUGGUGACUGCCAUUAUGUUGGGAGUGGAUGAUUAUGAUAAUACAUUGGAAGAUGAUCCUAUUUUGAUGGAUUAACACAGUUUAGGCCAUUGUUCAUUGAUGAAAUUGGUAGGCCAAUUGUGUUUGUAUAAACUCCAUCUAAGUUUUGGCCGUUACAUUUUCCCUUUGGCAUCCUCCAAAUUUUGUAUAUUUUUAGGUUUCUAUGAGAAAAUAUCAUUGAUUGGGAUU